UAGACCAACCAAAACCAAGUCUUUAAUAUUGGACCCCACCACCCACCACCUCACCACCUUAUAUUCUCAUUUCCUUUUCUUCUCCAUUUCUCUCUAUCUUUUGACAUUUUCUUUAGCCAUUGCGCUCUCCACCUCCCCAUCCGGCGAGGUCCUCCGGCCUCCGCCGCAACACUCUCCGGCCACCAUCUUCACAUCAUCCGGGGCUGUGGCCAUGUCCAUUCUAUCCGAACCACACAUGUCACCAAUCCAUCAAUCACCAGACCAAGAUCAAGAAGAGCAAGAAUAUGUGCCACCACCUCCUCCGCUGCGGAGAGCGGCGCAUCAUCAUCUUCUUGAACGUUCUUUGCCUCUUUACAAGCAGCAUUCUUGGUCACCAGAUAUUUACCGAGAUGAAGCUUGGCUGAGGAGGAAAGGAAACAGUAAGAAAAAGAAGAAUAAGAGUGUUACCGAUGAGGAUCUUGAUGAACUCAAGGCGUGUAUUGAAUUAGGGUUUGGUUUUAACUCGCCGGAAUUAAUGGAUCAACGCUUGUCUGAUACUUUUCCUGCUCUGGGACUUUAUUAUGCUGUUAAUAAACACUACUACGAUCAUGCCCUCUCUAAGACGGUCACCGUAGCUACGCCGUCUUCGUCCACGGCGUCUGACUGUGACUCGUCGUCUCCUCUCGGCAGUCCCCACACCAUGUUCGGACCAGGUGAGAAUCCACAGACGGUGAAGACAAGGCUAAGGCAGUGGGCACAGGUGGUUGGGUGUUCAGUACGGCAAUGUUCAAAUUCAAGUUGAAGCUAGAAAAAGUUGACGAAAUGAAAUUAAUUAAUUUCUAGCUACGGUGAUCAUAAUCAAGGUUAGAUGGGAAAUUAACCAAACUGGAGUUAAACAUAUAUAUAUAUAUCAAAGUUAACCAAACAUCAACAUCUACAUCAACUAGGGUUUCUAUAUAUCAACUUGUUUGUUUGAUAUGAUAAUGAUUCCACCGUCCACCAACUUUUGUAUUAUGUUUGGUUAGAUAUUAUAUAUAUUCUAAGAAAAAAAAAAGAACUUAAAGAAGUAAGAAAAUAGGAAUUGAAAACCCCCACCAUUUUGAGAAAAUAUAUAACCUAAUUUGGUUUGCUAAUUUGACAUCUUGAGUUGGUUAGUUAUAAUUUAGUAGGUUUUAUUUGUAUGUAAAUAUGAGUACUAAUGAGAAAAGAUUGAAGUAUAUAUGUAUGGUUGAAUUUUGGCUAAAUGCGUGUUUAUGUCAUUGAACUUUAA